AAGUGAACCCUCGUCGGCUCGUCGUCUCUCUGCUGUCUCUGUGGGUUUCUCUCUCUCUCUCUGUGAAGCAGGAACAAGGCAAAAAAUGGACAUCAGCGAAGAAUCCAUGGCAGCUCACAAGCGAACUUUCAUGGAUUUCUUGGAUCAAGAUGUAGGGAAGGGUAUAUACAUGCAAACCAUAAGGGACAUGAUCGACCAUAAACGCCGCCGUCUCAUCAUCGAUAUGUCCGAUCUCCAUGACUUCAACACCGACUUGGCUCGCCGACUGCUUCAGAACCCUAGUGAAUACAUGCAACCAUUCUCCGAUGCGCUGACAGAGGUAACCCGCAACAUUGAUCCGAAAUACUUAAAGGAAGGGGAGCAUGUCCUUGUCGGCUUCGAAGGUCCCUUUGUUUCCCGGAGGGUCACUCCCAGAGAACUCCUCUCCAACUUCAUUGGCUCUAUGAUCUGCGUUGAAGGGAUCGUUACCAAAUGCUCUCUUGUAAGGCCGAAGGUUGUCAAAAGUGUUCAUUACUGCCCCACAACUACUGCCUUUAUGUCCCGUGAAUAUCGAGAUAUAACUUCGAAUACUGGCUUACCAACAGGAUCUGUGUAUCCUACAAGGGAUGAAAAUGGUAACUUGUUGGUGACUGAAUAUGGGUUGUGCAAGUACAAAGACCAUCAGACACUGUCCAUGCAGGAAGUGCCAGAGAAUUCUGCCCCUGGUCAACUUCCACGAACAGUGGAUAUAAUACUAGAGGAUGACUUGGUGGAUUCAUGCAAGCCUGGUGACCGUGUAGCAAUUGUGGGGAUAUAUAAAGCUGUCCCAGGGAGAAGCAAGGGCAGUGUAAAUGGAGUAUUCAGGACUGUCCUUAUUGCAAACAAUGUGUCUCUUCUCAACAAAGAGGCAAAUGCACCAAUCUAUACAACUGAUGAUAUUAAAAACAUAAGAAAGAUAGCUGAGAGAGAGGAUACAUUUGAUUUGCUGGGUAGUUCACUUGCACCAUCCAUCUACGGACAUUCAUGGAUAAAGAAAGCGGUGAUUUUGUUGAUGCUUGGGGGGAUGGAAAAGAACCUGAAAAAUGGAACCCACUUAAGAGGUGACAUAAACAUGAUGAUGGUUGGCGAUCCUUCUGUUGCCAAGUCUCAACUCUUAAGAGCUAUCAUGAAUAUUGCUCCUUUGGCGAUAUCAACGACUGGUCGGGGUUCAUCUGGUGUUGGUUUGACUGCUGCUGUUACUUCUGACCAAGAAACUGGAGAGAGAAGGCUAGAAGCUGGUGCAAUGGUUCUUGCUGAUCGAGGUGUUGUUUGUAUCGAUGAGUUUGACAAGAUGAAUGAUCAAGAUCGUGUUGCCAUACAUGAAGUAAUGGAGCAGCAGACUGUAACUAUUGCUAAAGCUGGUAUUCAUGCUUCACUAAAUGCUCGAUGCAGUGUGGUUGCAGCUGCAAAUCCUAUAUAUGGAACUUAUGAUCGUUCACUCACCCCAACAAAGAAUAUCGGACUCCCUGACUCUUUGCUUUCCCGUUUUGAUCUGCUGUUUAUUGUAUUGGAUCAAAUGGAUCCUGAUAUUGACCGCCAGAUCUCCGAGCAUGUUGUACGCAUGCAUCGGUAUCGAUCUGCAGUAGAUGGUGCACUUGAUGGGACUUCAAGAGACAGAGAAGAUGAUGCUGAUGCAAAUUCCUCUGUCUUUAUCAAGUAUAAUCGCAUGCUACAUGGAAAGAAAACAGGAAGGGCACGCAGUCUUACAAUCAGGUUUCUUAAGAAGUAUAUUCAUUACGCAAAGCAUAGGAUUCAGCCAGAUCUGACUGAUGAGGCAUCUGAAAAUAUUGCAACUGCAUAUGCGGAGCUUAGAAAUGCCAGCUCAAAUGGAAGGGCAUCGGGAGGGGGAUCGGGAGGAACACUUCCAAUCACUGCAAGGACACUGGAGACCAUAAUUCGUCUCUCAACUGCCCAUGCCAAAUUAAAGUUGAGUAAAAAGGUUACAAAAACUGAUGUUGAAGCUGCACUUAAAGUUCUAAACUUUGCCAUAUACCACAAAGAGUUGACAGAGAUGGAGGAUCGUGAACAAGAAAGGGCAAGGGAGUUGGAAAGGAAACAAAAAGCUGACCAUGCUGGCAGUGGAGCUGCUACGGCAAGAGGUUCCACAACGGAUGCCAUGGAUUUGGAUGACCCUCCUGCAGGUGAAUCUGGUCUCAGUAUUUCUCCAGAAAGAAUAGAAGCAUUUGAGUCUGUAUUUGGACAGCAUAUGCGUGCAAACCACUUGGAUCUCAUAUCUAUUUCAGAUAUUGAGAAGGUUGUCAACACGGGAGCAGCUGUACAUUACACCAGGCCAGAAAUAAUGUCUCUAUUAGAGAAACUGCAAGCAGAUAACAGAUUGAUGGUAGUUGAUGAAAUGGUGCAUAUGAUGUGAAACAGUGGCAAGAAGAGCAAAUUUCCAUUUAUGCCAGCAACUCAUGAGGGAGUAUUAAGAGAAAAUGAAGAAGCAAAAUUAUCACACAUGAAAACAGAAUUGUCACUUUGCCCCUUUGUGGAGAGCUUAAAUCGCUUGCUGGAUUGUUGCGUAGACUGCAAGGUGGACACCCAAGACAGAUAACCUGGAGGCUGUUGCAAUGUAGUAAAUUGGUAUUUCUCAAUAUGAUGUCUUGGCUAGAACAGGUGUUUUAUUUGUAUUGCCCUUUUUACUGCCAAUUCAUGAGAAAAGUGCAGUUUCCAUGCUAGUGGUCAAUAUUAAAUUUGUGGAUUUUUUUAUUUU